CGGAUAGCAUCACAGCGUCCACGGCUUUACCGCGAGUCUGGAGCCCGGAGGGUGAUUCGUCUGUCUCGGGGUCAGUCAGAGCAGACCGCCCGGCUCCCGGCUCCUCUCUCCCGGCUCUCCCGGCUCCUCUCUCCCGGCCCCCGGCUCCUCUGGUUCCUCUCUCCCGGCUCUCCUGGCUCCUCUCUCCCGGCUCUCCCGGCUCCUCCGGCUCCUCUCUCCCGGCCCCCGGCUCCUCUUUCCCAGUUCUCCCGGCUCGUGGCUCCUCUCUCCCGGCGAGACAUGAGCGAGGACCAGACGGUGUCUCUGGUGGACGUCCUGGAGGAGGACGAGGAGCUGGAGGAGGAGGCGUCAGCGGUGCUGGCAGGAAGCGACUCGGACCACUGCUCCUACCCCCAGGGCUACGUGAAGCGCCAGGCGCUGUACGCCUGUAACACCUGCACCCCGGCGGGCGGCGAGGCUGCAGGCGUCUGUCUGGCCUGCUCCUACAAAUGCCAUGAAGGUCACGACCUUUUUGAACUCUACACCAAGAGGAACUUCCGCUGCGACUGUGGAAACAGGAAGUUCAAAGACCUGCAGUGUAAACUCCAGCCAGAGAAGGACGAGGUGAACGUCCUCAAUAAAUACAGUCAGAACUUCUUCGGGAGCUACUGCACCUGCAGCCGGCCGUACCCGGACCCCGAAGACCAGGUGGAGGAUGAGAUGAUCCAGUGUGUGGUGUGUGAGGACUGGUUCCACAGCAGGCACCUGGGCGUCUCCGUCCCGGAGGGGGUGGAGCUUCAGGAGAUGGUCUGCGAGUCCUGCAUGAACCAGAACCCCGUCCUGUGGCCGUACGCCGACGAGCCUGCAGGUGCAGCAGCUCCGCCGGAGGCGUCCGGCUCCGCCCGUCCUCCCGGUGAGGCUCAGGGGGACGACCAGGACCAGGACCAGGACCAGGACCAGGACGAGCCCAGCAGGAAGCGGGUCCGCCGGGAGGCGGAGCCCGGCUGCAGACUGAAGGACCUGCAGGCCCGGCCGGAGGAGCGGCGGCGGUCCGGAGCGGCGUUCUGGCCGGCGGCCUGGCGCUCCUCCCUCUGCUGCUGCCGCCGCUGCCGGGAGCGUCUGUCCGCCGCCGGCCUGUCCUUCCUGCUGGACGAGGCGGACACCGUGCUGGCCUACGAGAACCGGGGGAAGAGCAGCGAGCAGGGACGGCAGGGACACGACCCUCUGAUGUCCGCCCUGGACAACCUGAACCGCGUCCAGCAGCUGGAGAUCAUCCACGGGUACAAUGACAUGAAGAGCGAGCUGAAGGACUUCCUGCAGAGCUUCGCCGCCGAGGGGAAGGUGGUGACCUCCGAUGACAUCCAUCACUUCUUCCAGCAGCAGAGUGAAAAGAGACGACGGGAGUCGCGCACCUGAUGACCUUUGACCCCCGCUGUCCUCCAGUCGCACCUCGCUCUCAUCUAUUUUCACCGUCGUGUCGUCGAGUCCGCUCCAUGUUUUUUAUAAAACCAAUAAAUCCGGGUGGAGCCUCGUCUCCACCUCCGUCA